UUGGUGACAGACUCCCUCGAGGUCGGCUCGUUGACAGCCCUCCCGCUCAGGGCCUUUCAUCUCCUCGUUUGGUUCCUUAAACCUCACCUUUCCCUUCUCUCGAACUCCCUCCUCCCUGCUCUUCCUUCCCUGGCGGCGACGACCGGGCGAGCAGCGGCGCCAUUUGUCCUGUCUUCGUCCAGCCCUGCCGGCGACGACUGGGCGAGCGGCGGCGCCAUUUCUCCUUUCUUCGCCCAGCCCUUUGCCGGCGACGAGCGCAUCCUCCAGAUUGCUUUAUCUGCAGGACCAUCAUGCCUGCUGGUGAUAACCCACACUCAAUCUCAGAGAAAAAGGCAGCAUUGCGGGACUCUCCAAAACAGAGUAAGAUUGUUGUUAACGAGCAACCCAGGGCUUCCUUUUCUGAAGAUAAAGUUGCUGCUACAGUUAGCCUCAAGAGACCACAACCUUAUGGCCCCCUAAGUCCCACCAACCACCACACGUUGGGCAAUCCAGGGGCAAAUGGCCAUCUUGUGUACGUGCGCAGGAGGCCUGACACUGAUCAAAGCAAAGGAGGCACUUCUACUCGUGCUGGAAGUGUCAGUUCUAUGAGCACAAAGAAACCUAUUGCAGGCGGAUUGCAGUCACAGGAACAAAGUCUGAAGCGUCAGGACAAUGUAGCUCACACCCAGUUCGCUCCUCGAUUUUCAUCUCCUGCUGCAGUUACUGCCUCCCCUGUUUUGCAAUCCACAGUUUUGCCUUCUCGACGUUCUUUUGAGAAGCAAUCUCCUGGGAAGGUUGCUGUUCAGCCAACUAAUGAUGUGAUUACUAGUUUGCCACAAAGCAACGUGGCAUCAGCUACUCCAGUGUUUCAAAGUGCUGCAACAGCUAAUUUGGCGACUAGCAGUGUUUUGGCUACUAGUGUAGAAGCUACCCUAGCACCUGAUCGAGCUGAUCAACCGAGAUCAAGCAAUCAAGAUUGGAGUGAUAGAUUUAUUCAGCUGCAGGCAUUCUUGAGGAAUAAUGAACAAUCAGGCAAGGAAGAAUAUAUCCGCAGUAAGCAAUCUCCAGGAAAGAUUGCUGCUCAACCAACUAAGGAUGUGACGACUAGUCCGCCACCUCGCAAUUUGAUGUUCUCUACUCCAGUGCUUCAAAGCUCUUUGGCUGCUAAUUUAGCACCUAGUGGUGUUUCAGCUACUAACACAGCAUCCCCAGCUGCUAUAUCUGCUGCUAAUUUAGUAUCUAGCAGCAUUUCGCCUACUCAUACAGCAUCUACUGAUGCUAUAUCUGCUACAACUCAAGCACCUAAUAGAGCUCAUCCACCAAGAUCAAGCAAUCAAGAUCCAAGUGAUAGAUUUCUUCGGCUGCAAGCAUUCUUGAGAAAUAAUGAGCAGUCGGGGCAGGAAGAAUAUAUCCGCAUGCUUCGGUCUUUGUCAUCUGUUGGACGAAGUAAGCAUGCCAUUGAACUGGAGAAACGGGCAGCCAAUCUAUUGAUCGAGGAAGGGAAGGAGCUGCAGAAGACGAAAGUUCUGAAUGUACUGGGCAAGCUUUCGCCCACUGACGCUCCACGAUUUCCAGCUCAGCCCGCUACUGUCAAGCAUCUGCCAUUCCCAGCUCAUCGAUGAAGGGAGUGGGAGAUUUGCUUAUGUUGCCGCAUAAAUAGGCAUUCGCCAUAAAUAGGCAUUCGGUGAUUUCUGAACUCUUGCCACUUGAAUGCCGUGCUAUGGUCAUAAUUGCCGUGUUGUCUGUGAGAACAAGCCUUAUAUCUCAAUUCAGAUGAGUUAAGAGUAGAUUGACUGACGUGCCCUCAUGGUGUAAGCAUUAUCAUGGUGGUAUCUUACUCACUUUUGUUGCGCCAUUGUUGAAAAUCUGAUGCAACAAUGAACUCUGAGAUGGUUGCUUCAUGCAGUUUCUUCUCUGCACAAUUCGGCACCCUUCUGUGCAAGCUUUCA